AUGGGAAGCAUCGAUGCUGCAGAGUUGGGUUCAGAGAAGAAAUCAAACCCGGGAAAAGCGACAAUUCUUGCAUUCGGAAAAGCCUUUCCUCACCAGCUAGUGAUGCAAGAGUACUUAGUCGAUGGAUACUUCAAAACCACCAAUUGUGAUGACCCUGAACUCAAACAGAAGCUUACUCGUCUCAGCAAGACAACGACGGUGAAGACGAGGUAUGUUGUGAUGUCGGAAGAGAUACUCAGAAAGUAUCCAGAACUAGCCAUUGAAGGAGGAUCCACAGUGACACAGCGUCUUGACAUCUGCAACAACGCUGUAACUGAAAUGGCAGUGGAAGCAUCCAGAGCCUGCAUCAAGAACUGGGGCCGUUCUAUUUCCGACAUAACUCACCUUGUCUAUGUCUCUUCAAGCGAAGCUCGUCUUCCUGGUGGCGACUUGUACUUAGCCAAAGGCCUUGGACUCAGUCCCGAGACACACCGUGUUCUGCUCUACUUCAUCGGUUGUUCUGGUGGCGUUGCGGGUCUCCGUGUAGCCAAAGACAUAGCCGAGAACAAUCCAGGAAGUAGAGUUUUGCUUGCCACUUCUGAAACGACCAUCAUUGGGUUCAAACCCCCGAGUGUGGAUAGACCAUAUGAUCUUGUCGGGGUUGCGUUGUUUGGUGAUGGAGCUGGAGCUAUGAUCAUUGGAUCCGAUCCAGACCCGAUUUCCGAGAAGCCUCUCUUUGAGCUUCACACUGCAAUUCAAAAUUUCCUACCAGACACGGAGAAGACGAUAGAUGGAAGGCUAACGGAACAAGGGAUAAACUUCAAGCUAUCGAGAGAGCUUCCACAGAUAAUAGAAGACAAUGUGGAGGGUUUCUGCAAGAAGCUAAUAGGAAAGGCAGGACUGGCUCAAAAAGACUAUAACCAGAUGUUCUGGGCAGUUCAUCCAGGUGGACCAGCCAUCUUGAACCGAAUGGAGAAGCGGCUAAACCUGUCACCUGAGAAGUUAAGUCCAAGCAGAAGAGCUCUCAUGGACUAUGGCAAUGCGAGUAGUAACUCAAUCGUUUAUGUGUUGGAGUACAUGUUGGAAGAGAGCCGGAAAGCGAAGAACACAAACGAAGGUGAAGACGAGUGGGGUCUGAUUCUGGCUUUUGGACCUGGUGUUACAUUUGAAGGCAUCGUUGCUCGAAACCUUGACGUCUGA